GGUCCAGUAGCAAUAAUACCUUUGAUAGUUGGUCAAUUUACAAUAAUACUUUUGAUAGUGGGUCCAAUUACAGUAACAUUUUUGAUAGUGGGUCCAAUUACAAUAAUACUUUUGAUAGUGGGCCCAAUUACAAUAACACUUUUGAUAGUGGGUCCAAUUACAGUAACAUUUUUGAUAGUGGGUCCAAUUACAAUAAUACUUUUGAUAGUGGGUCCAAUUACAAUAACACUUUUGAUAGUGGGUCCAAUUACAGUAACAUUUUUGAUAGUGGGUCCAAUUACAAUAAUACUUUUGAUAGUGGGCCCAAUUACAAUAACAUUUUUGAUAGUGGGUCCAAUUACAAUAAUGCUUUUGAUAGUGGGUCCAAUUACAACUUUUGAAAUAGGGUAG